UUAUCGACUAUUGGCAGCUUAUCCUCAUUUUGUGUAACGUGUCAUCCAUAUCUACCAACUUAUCGCUCAUCCAGAAGAACCAUUCUCUAAAGAUAUGUACAAAUGUACAUAUGUACAAUCCUGCAAUAAUUAUCAUGCUGCAAACUCAUACAAACCUGACGCGACGCUACAGUAUGCAAACUUCCCACCAAAAAAAUAUUUCUACGAUGGAUUCCUCCAAGUAAACAAUGCGGUAAAAUUCAUAUCUGUGUAAGCAUGCUCUUCUGACCAGUCUUAAAUAAUAUGCAUGCAUAUAUACACAGUCGGACUUUGGUGAUAAAAUGGCAUUCUCCUUAUAGCGCAAUGCAUACGUAAGCUAUUGAAAUGCAACUCAACCUUUCUCGUUCAUUCUUUCGAUCUACAUUAAACACGUAGUUGUAUAUGUACAAAUCAUGUAGGUAGAUUUUUUUGCCUUUCAUCCACGUUAACAAAUAUGUUUAUAUAUCUGCCUUCUUCCUAAGGGAAAUCAUAAACAGGAAGUUUAAAUUGUUUUGACGAAUUAUUGUGUAACGAGGAACGCGUAUCGAUUUUUGAAAUUUUAGUGAUUCAGUUAAGGACUCGUAUGUAAAAUUAAACGUGAUUAAAAUUAUUAUUCAUUUGAGUACUAAUUUAUGUACAUAAAACAUUUUUAAGAAGCGUUGACUUUUUGUUGAAAAUACCUGUUAAAUAGUUUGUUUGGAAUUUGUACAAGAAGUAUGGCUGGAAGUUACUGUUGUAAUUUAUGCGGAGAUAUGGUUCCAACUAAACUUGCGAUUUUGGCCCAUCUUGCCCACUGGCAUGGGAAGCGUAAGAGGAAGCAAGGAAUUACUGCACAGAAAGAAUGGAAAAAAUCGGACGGCCCUGAGGUCCAAAGCAAAAAUACGAGUAAAGUCAAGGUUAAUCGGGAAGGCACAAUUUGCCCAACACGUAAGGACAGUAAACCUAAAAGAAGAGGCGAGGCUAAGACCACGGAGAAGAAGAACGCCAUCCCUAAUGACGAAACCCCUGCAACGCUUAAGUUUUCCACCUUUGGACGAACCACGUAUGGAACGAGGGCAAAGUCGAAAAUGGGUCAAGGAAACUCCUCAUCCGUGCAAGAAAUGAGCAGCGAAACGAUAAACGUUGCAAGAAAAAACGAACUGCCAACUAACGAUGGGCAUGACUGCUUUGUCAAGAUUAGGAAAUUGACAGAGAAUGAAGUUACACCUGUCGUCACGAAGAGCAAGAUUUUAGUUGAGAAUGUCUUCGAUAAAGUGACAAAUAAGCUUCCCCGUAAACAUCGUAGUUUCACUGCCCCAAAGAAAACUAAUGCAAAGACUCGUACCAACCGAUUUCUACCUGAAAACAAAAAUGCACUUGGAAGCGAUGCAGUAAACCAAGGCGAUAACAUAUACAUACCAAUCCAAGCAAGUAACAAAGUCUCUGACGUCAAUCCGGAUAGCCAAAUUGACCCCGUAACCCAAUAUACGCCAGAAAUUCACGCCGUAAUACCCCACAAGAAAAAUGGGAUAUUGAAUGCCACAAAAACCGUACAAAACUUUGGUGAGAAAAAUUUGUGGGAUGAACUUCCAGUUUUUAACGUAGAGGACGAAAUUGACUAUAAUCGGAUGAAUAAUGGCGAAGACGACGAUGAUGAUCGACCGGACUCACCGGUUUAUCUAUUUCCCAGUGCGAAGCGUGCAAAAGCAGCAUCGUCAGUCCAAAAGAGGAAGAUGCCGCAACUGACACCGGAAGUGCCACUAGUUCUGAUAGAUAAAUCUUUUCAACCUGUGGAAGUCAACGCAGGGCAAAACGGUAGAAAGAAACGUCCCACUGAACGAAAUUCUGGGCCAUUAAUCCCUUCUUCGUCAAACUCUUCAUUUACAGCGUCACGAUCUGGCCCACCCCAAAAGUCUAUCGCUCGCAAAAUGCCACCUCUUACCAAGUUUACGACGACGGAAUCGGCCAAAACUCAUCAGGCUCGCGUCCACACGAACACUUUGCAAUGCCCCCUAUGCCCCAGGCAAUGCAAAACAGGAUUUAUUCUUCACCGUCACUUUAUUCUAAAGCACGGUGAGCAGGCGGGUAGUAAACGGAAGGAGGGGGAACUGAAUGCGGCUGAUGCGGGGAAGGUCACUAGACCGCAUGGGGCAGUGGGGUCACGUGGUCAACAAUGGUCAAUAGCGCCGACGCCAUCACCCAGACAAUCGACACCGAAGGCAGCUUCACCAGGCAAUACUAAUUCUGAAAAUAUAAUUGUCUCUCCAUCGAUCGAGGACGAAUUGGAGGAACUCCUUUCCUCCCAGGUUCAAGUUGGCGGUGACAUGACCAAUAAUCAAAAAUUGGAGGAAAACGUCCCCCCGGAAACUAAUAACGUCAACAGCAGCACAACCAUUGCUACGACUAAAGUUAUAACGCCUACAUCCUCUCCAUCCGGAAACGACGAGACAAUUGCAAACUUAUCAUCCUCUUCUUUCAAGUGUGACCAGUGUGGGACAUUCCUCUACACAGCGAAAGACCUUUCGUUACACUUCUGUCUUGCUCACGUAGUAAAAAAUGAGCCACUCGAAGAAUCUCCACCAGUACCGAUAAUUUUGACCCUUGAUGUGGAACUCUAUCACUGCUCCGCCUGUAUUGAAGAGUUCACAUUUUCUCACGAACUGACCAAGCACGAGGCCACGCACGGUCUCGGGUUUGCAUGUCUUGGAUGUGGGGGCUCCUUUAAAUUUAAGACCAAUUUGGACAAGCAUUUCGAAAAUGCACAUCCCGAGCUUUCUAUGGGAAAAUGCACAUGGGUCAAAUGUGACCAUUGCGUGGUUUGGAAGUCAUCCACACCCGAAAUCAAGGAGCACGUGCGUCAAUCUCAUCCAUGGACAGGGCAAGAUAUCGUUCGUGUGAAGCAAGAAUUAAAUAGCGAGGAAAGUUUUUGGCCUGUAGUGGAUUUGGAGUAAUUUUCAAAGCUGUGUAAAAUGAGCUUGUAAUUUUGAAUGACAAAACGAGGUUUUGAUUUUAUGUAUUCGGGAAAAAUUGUUUUGUUAUCUUUCAUAGGAUAUAAUGUUUCAUUUCACACUGCACUUGCAUGUUUACACAUUUUACCCACAAAAACUAUUCCUCAUCGUCAUCAAAAAAUUAAAAUUAUGCUGCAGUAGUAACAUGUUUUUUUAAAAUUAUGAAUGUAACCUAAUUUCUUAUAUAAUGAUUCAGUAAAAUGCAAGAAUUAUUGGUGACUAUUAUUGUUAUUUUACAGUGUUAAGUUUUAAAAAUGAGAUGAAUAAUAUGGAGAUAAAUUGAAAAA